AUGUCUCUUGCCAAAGUCAAGCAUAUUGUCCUGGUCCUUUCAGGUAAAGGAGGUGUUGGGAAAUCAUCUGUUACAACUCAGCUUGCUCUUUCUCUUUCGCUUGCGGGCCAUUCGGUUGGAGUGCUGGACGUAGACCUCACAGGCCCCUCGAUUCCGCGCAUGUUCGGCAUCGAAGAUGCCAAAGUAACACAAGCGCCUGGUGGCUGGCUGCCUAUCACCGUUCACGAAGCUGACCCAUCUGCCGGCGUCGGAUCCCUUCGCGUCAUGAGCCUCGGUUUCCUUCUUCCCAAGCGGGGUGACGCCGUUGUCUGGCGUGGACCAAAGAAGACCGCCAUGGUUCGUCAAUUCUUGUCCGACGUGUUCUGGGACGAGACCGACUAUCUCCUCAUCGACACGCCUCCCGGUACCAGCGACGAGCACAUUUCCUUGGCAGAGAAUCUGCUGCAAAAGGCACGACCAGGCCAACUUGCUGGAGCCGUUGUGGUCACUACGCCUCAGGCCGUGGCAACUGCAGACGUCAGGAAGGAGCUGAACUUUUGCACCAAAACCAACAUCCGAGUCCUCGGUGUUGUGGAGAACAUGUGUGGCUUUGUUUGCCCCAACUGCAGCGAGUGCACAAACAUUUUCAUGAGUGGUGGUGGAGAGGUUAUGGCGAAUGACUUUGGCGUUCGUUUCCUUGGCCGUGUUCCGAUCGACCCUCAGUUUCUCGUUCUCAUCGAGACAGGCAAGAGACCAACGUACCCAGCAGGCACCACGGUCGACGGAAAAGAUAUCUCGACUCCUGCUGGAGCUAGCACAAGUGAAGAGGAGGAAGUCAAAGAUGGCUCGCGUCUGGUGCACAAGUACAAGGAUUGCUCCCUUGCACCUAUCUUCAGCAAAAUCACGGCCGAUGUGAUAUCUGCUGUACAACAAUGA